UGUACAUGUCAAUUUGUGUGUUUGUUUUUUUCAUAUUGAUCAUCCUAUAGAGAUUCCUUCCUUACCUUUUUUUUCUUUUCUCUUUUUCUUUAAAAAGAAAAUAACGAAGAAAUCAAAUUUAACUUUGUAAAUUACUACUUUUUGUUUAAUGGGGAACGUUUGCUGUCAAGAAGGAGUUUUAGAUUUAGAAGGAGAAGUCGAAUUGUCACAUUUUACUUUAUUAAGGUCGGUUGGUAAGGGGGCUUUUGGAAAAGUUCGAAUUGUACAGCAUAAAGGAACAAAACAAUUAUAUGCUCUAAAAUAUAUCAACAAAUUAAAAUGCAUACACAUGAAAACGGUUGAAAAUAUUAUAUCUGAAAGACGCUUAUUAGAACAAAUCAAUCAUAAUCUAAUUGUAAACAUGAGAUAUGCAUUUCAAGAUGACGAAAACUUAUUCAUGGUAUUAGACUUGAUGCUUGGUGGAGAUUUAAGAUUUCAUUUGGAUCGUUUAGGAAGCAUGCCCGAGGAACAUGUCAAAUUUUUUGCUGCUGAAAUUUCACUCAGUUUAAACUAUUUGCAUUCAUUGAAUAUAAUACAUAGAGAUCUUAAGCCAGAUAAUAUUUUACUAAAUGAGCAAGGACAUGCUCAUCUAACCGAUUUUAACAUUGCAGCCAUUGUCAAUAAUUCAAGGCCAUUAACAUCAGUUGCUGGAAGUUUUGCAUAUAUUGCUCCUGAAAUUUUACUAAAAAAAGGGUAUUCUUCAUCAGUAGACUGGUGGUCAAUGGGAGUUGUAAUAUAUGAAUUAUUAUUUGGAAAGCGACCGUUUAGAGGAAAGACAAAUGAAGCCCUCCGACAUGCUAUUCUUUACGAUGAUUUACAAUUUCCUGAAAAUAAUCAGAUAUCAUCUCAUGCAAAGGACUUUAUACGAUCUUUGCUAUCACGUGAUAUUACAAGUCGUAUUGGUGUUGGACAGCAAGGUUUUCAAAGGUUAAAGAUGCAUCCAUGGUUUCACACCAUUCCCUGGGAUAAACUUGAAACAAAGGAAUUUAUGCCGCCUUUUACACCAGAUAGUAAAAGGGCUAACUUUGAUCCAACACAUGAAUUAGAGGAAAUUCUACUAGAAGACCAUCCUCUUAAAGUUAAAAAACGGAGCCAUAAUAAAUGUAGUAGACCUGGAGCGUCCAAUGCUACUUCCUUUAAGAGUCAAGUAGUAACUGAACCAGAUCAAAACCCAGAGAGACAAAUGAUGGAGGACAAAUUUUUAAUUUAUGAUUUUACAAAGCCAUUUGAAAAUAAACGAGUGCUUCUCGACCACAAUUGUCAGCAGGCAAAAAAGAUGAAGACAGCAGUAGAGACAAAGCAAGAAUUAUUUCCAAAUCAUCCAUUUGAAGAUUCGACUAUAAUAAAAACUAUAAGCGAUGGUCCUCAAUCAAUACAGAUUAGCAAGACAAAGGAUGAUAGAUGCUAUUCAUCUACUACAUCCAUAAAAGGUGAAGAUGAAUACGUUUUAAAUAGUAACAGAAUCUCAUCCCUACCACAACCUCUUCCAGCCUUACUACUACUACUACGUCAUAAUACCAAUUUCCAAAAACUAGACGAUCAGCAACAUAUUCAACUUAUUGAUCGUGUAUAUUCUAGUUUUAAAAACUAUAAUCAUAAACUCAUAAAGCAUGAUUAUAAAUAUACACAAAAUGAUUCAACUCUGUUCAUAUCAGGAGAUAAUUGCCGUUUAGAAUUUCCUUUAAAAAUGAAUCAUGAAUCUCUUUUAACAGAUUCAAACGCCCUAUUAGAAUUGAAACACGAAACUAAUGCUCGGCAACACUACUCUUAUUCUGCUUCAGUUAUUUCAACAACAAGUUCAAAUACUUUAAAUGAGCUUUCCCGAACAUCUAUUAUGCAUAAUACCACUACUACUAAUAUUAAUACUACUACUGCUACUAAUACUACUACUACUACUACUAAUACUAAUACUACUACUACUAAUACUACUACUAAUAACUCUAAUACUACAUUAACUUCAUGUCCUGUACGUAUUUCAAGUAUUCCGAGAAUAUCUGAAUUCGAUCCUCCUCCUCUAUCAACAAAUUUACCACCACUACCACCAGUUUCAUCUGAUUUACUCCCCAUUACCACCCUUGCCUAAGGAUUACGUUUAGAAUUUUUUUUUUAAAGAAAAAAAAAGAAAUAGAUAUUUAUUUAAUGAAUAAAAU